AUGUCCGACCCCAACCGUCCUCCUCCCUUUCAUUAUCCGUCUUAUACUUCUUCGUCCUCAUCUGAGUAUCCAGGAAAUGAGGCUACUUUCAACGACUGGGCGGUGCCCCAGUAUUCGCAGCCGUCCUAUGCACCUUCUGUCAACUACGACAUGGUAGCUGGCUUUGCGGAAACCCCCACAGGUGCUUCGUCUAUGUUUUCUGGUGAGCGCGCUUUAAAUUCCAAGGUAGCAAUCCCCAGAUCAGCAAACCCGAGCAACUGGACCAGCAGCGGACGGGUCAGCCGGGCAUGCGAGAAUUGUCGAGACCAGAAAGCCAAAUGUAGCGGGCAUCGCCCGACUUGUCAACGAUGCCAAGAAGCCGGCACUCGUUGCUCGUACGGCGAUCGGAAACGAGAAAAGAUGGCUAAGCAACUGAGUGAUCUGACAAACCAAAAGCAUAUUUAUGAAGCUCUAUUGGAAGAUGUUUGCUCGAAGGUGGAUUCGCAAACUGCCCAACAUAUCGAGCAGGUUGUGAAUGAGCAACGCGCCGGUAAUGACCAGGCAUUUGGUCGCAAGGCGUCAAUCUCUCUAUCCACUGUUAGAGAAGCUGAUACUCCAACUGAUCCGGACCCUGAUCCAAUUUCCUCCUUAGUGGCGCUGGAUUACAUCAACGAAGAUUUCAACCGUGAUGAGAAGAUACAAGCAAUGGGAUUUGUCGGGGAACAUUCCGAGAUAACAUGGCUUUAUAGGUUGAGGCGAAUGCUCGAGCGCUCCAGUCCUGUCACACCCAGUCCCGUCACGCCCAGUCCCAAGGAGAGUUGGGAUCGCCAGUCAGUUGCUUCUGUGAGCUUUUUCCUCGAUGAUUCAGAAAUCCCUGUCAUAGAUAAUGUCGAUCCCAUGCAGCGGCCUUCACAAAUGCUUGCUGACCAGCUCGUGGAUAAUUACUUCUCCAUCAUCCACCCUUUCUUUCCGAUUAUCGGCAAGGCGAUCUUCUUGAGGCAGUACAAGUCUUUCUACUCAACUCCUUUCGUACGGCCUGGAAAAAGAUGGCUAGCAAUACUAAAUCUAAUCUUUGGUAUUGCUGCGAGGUACUGUCACCAGAUGCAGUCUGGCGCCCAAGAUGCAUCUGACGAUGGGCCCUUAUACUUCUCACGGGCAUGGAAGCUCAGUAUGAGUGACGUGGCUCUAUUGGAUCAUCCAAAUCUACAACAGGUGCAAGUGGAGGGUCUAACAUCGUUCUAUCUCUUGUCAGUGGGACAAGUCAAUAGGUCGUGGAGAAUAUGUGGUACCUCGAUAAGAUCCGCUGUUAUUAUGGGAUUGAAUUUACGCAAUGAGAGCAGUAUGGUUGUCCACACGUCUAAAGAGACUCGCUAUCGCGUAUGGUGGUCAAUUUACAUGCUCGAUAUCCAACUCUCUGUGAUGACUGGCCGUCCACCUCACUGCAGCAGCGACUUCUGUACUACACCCCACCCAGUGCCAUUCCAAGAGGAAGAAUUUCUAGAUGAUAACGUCGCUCAAAUUAUCACGGAUAAUGAGAGCCGUAACAUCUUUAUGGAGGCGCUAUCCUCAAGGAGCUCGACAAAAUCCACCAACGAAGUUACAACUUCAGAAGGCUUCGGACCCCCAAUGUCGUACCAGGGUAACCAAUAUGGGCAAGCUGCCUACAAUGCUGUGGACUCGCUCACGCCGAAUACCUCGCUUUAUUUUCUUUGUCUCGUCGACCUGGGAUUGAUCAUGCGAGAGUCCAUUGACACAUUAUAUGCUCCAGGAGCUGCUCGAAAGUCCUGGCGUGAAGUAGAGAUAGCCAUCUCCACACUGAACAGCAAAGUAGACGCGUGGCUCUCCCGGCUUCCGACAGCCUUCCACUUUACUCACGGCCACCAAGCGUUUGAGAGGCAGCGGUCAUGUCUCGCCUUCCGUUUCUAUAGUGCCAAGAUCUUGAUUACUCAGCCAUGUCUUAGUCGUCUCACACGCAAGGCUCCAGGCGUUGAAAUACCAGGAAAUUUCUGCAAUACAAUGGCGGUUAUGUGUGUUGACCUGGCGGGUCAAAUGCUUGACCUCUUACCCGAUUCGCCGGAACCUUCAUGGGUCUACCGUGUCUCACCUUGGUGGUGUGUCCUGCACUUUCUCAUGCAAUCGACCGCCGUGCUCCUGACUGAGCUAUUACUCCUUACAAAGGCAGGAACUGUCCAGCAAAGGACGGCUUGGGAAAAAGUUACCAAGGUGUCGCGCUGGUUAGCUGUGAUGUCGACGAAAGACUUAUCUUUUCGGCGGGCUCAACUCGUGUGUAGAGACCUACUUUCUCAGAAUUCUUUGAAACCUGACAUUGGAGUUUACGCGGACAAUGACAAAAACUGA